AUGGCAGUUGAAGAAACAGACACUCAGGUGAUCAUCACCAAUCCCUCCGACCCAAACUCCUCCGUCACAAUCUUGAAAUACGGUGCUACCGUCAUCUCCUGGAUCUACAAAGGUGAAGAGAAGUUAUGGCUUUCGGAUGAUGCCAAGUUAGACGGAUCGAAGCCAGUCAGAGGUGGUAUCCCAUUAGUAUUCCCCGUUUUUGGAAAGUGCAAAGAUGCUUCUCACGACACUGAGCCUUUGCCCCAACAUGGCUUUGCACGGAAUUCCACGUGGCAGUUCUUGGGCCAAGUAACCGAGUCUCCAUGCGCCGUUCAAUUUGGAUUGGGUCCCGAAGAUGUCGACCAAGAGUUGUACAAAAAAUGGGGCAAAGGCAGACACGAUUUCACGUUGGUGUUGACUGUGACCUUGGCUGAUGACACAUUCACUACCCAGAUCGAAGUCGAAAACACCGGUGCAUCUACAUUUGAAUUCAAUUGGUUGUUCCAUACUUACUACAGAGUGGAAGACGUCACAGAUUCGCUUGUCACAAACUUAAUGGACUCUACAUGUUACGAUCAAUUGCUCGCAACCACAUACCAAGAGAAGGCCCCUAUGCUCAGCUUCCACGAAGAGUUUGACCGCAUCUACAAGAAAGUCGAGGAAGAAAAGCAUAUUCAAAUUGUCGACAAGGGCAAGGUCUUGGUCACCUUGGAGCGUGAAAACUUGCCGGACGCUGUCGUGUGGAAUCCAUGGAUCGAAAAGUCAAAGGGCAUGGCUGAUUUUGCACCCAAACUGGGCUACAUGAACAUGCUCUGUAUCGAGCCUGGUCACGUGGCCGACUUUAUCACCUUGACUAGGGGUGAAAAGUGGAUCGCGUCGCAAAAGAUCACUCCGUUUGGAGAAAUCAGAGUGCAGACUGACAUUUACAGUGUGUAA